CACUCACAAUCACCAAGUGUGAAAAUUCAUUCAGAAAACUCAUCCAUGGAAGAAAAAACCCUAAAUCAGAUGACACGUGUCAGCCCCUCAGUCAUCGUCUCCAGCCGACCACAGCCAUUUCCAUCCUUUUUUUUCAAGGUGCAGCUCACCAACCACUGCCCACGUGUCCUCCCCCUUCUCUCUCAUAAAUAACGCAACUACUCGCAAGCCAACCCUUUGUCCGAAUUCCACCACUAUUUAUUCAAUUUUCAAUUUUUUUAAAAAAAAUUUAUUAUUAUUUCUGCUAAUUUCAAUUCAAUGUUCCGAUUAUAUCCCUUCGCGGUUUUCUUCCUUACGCUAUUCGGGUCCAUCUCGGCGGGUCGGGUCGACCCCGGCUCGAGAUUGAUCGCCGGCGAGAACCGAGCUUGGGUUUCCGACAACGGUACGUUCGCAUUUGGGUUUUUGCCGGCGGCGAAUUCGAACAACGAUCGAUUUCAGUUAGGGAUUUGGUUCGCGAAUCUUCCUGGGGAUCGAAUCCUUGUCUGGUCGGCUAAUCUAAAUUCUCCAGUCACCAAAGGCGCCACGCUGGAAUUCACCGGCCGCCUCGAGCUCCGCGACGGCGGCGGCGGCGCCGUCUGGACGUCGAACGCCACCACUCCCCCGGCGGAGGCGGCGGUCAUGUCGGAGAACGGCAACCUCAUCCUGUACGGACCCGAACAAAGUAUUACGUGGCAGAGUUUUUCCCACCCGUCGGACACGCUCCUCCCCGGCCAACCUUUGACGGCGGCGCUACAGCUCCGGUCGGCGAAAUCGCCGCCGGAGGAAGGAUACUACACGCUGAAAAUGCUGCAGCAGCCGACCUCGCUCAGCCUGGCGCUGACCUACAACUUGCCGGAGGUCGCCGGAGCGCCGCCGCCGGAAAUCGAGCCGGCGGCAAACCUGUCGUAUUGGACGGGACCCGACAUAUCGAACGUGACUGGAGACGUCGUCGCCGUUCUCGGCGAAGGCGGCAGCUUCGGGAUUGUGUAUGGCUCUGCCGCCGACGGUGCGGUGUACGUCUACAAGAAUGUCGGCGACCGGGGAGGGCUAUCGGCGGCCAUAAAUACGAAAGGCCGUCCUGCCGUUCUCCGGCGACUAAUACUCGAAGCUAACGGAAACCUCCGGUUGUACCGGUGGGACAACGACGUCAACGGGUCCCGCCAGUGGGUCGCCGAGUGGGCUGCAGUGUCGAAGCCGUGCGACAUCGCUGGAAUUUGCGGCAACGGGAUAUGCAACCUCGACCGGAGCAAGACGAAUGCAUCUUGCACGUGCCUUCCGGGGACAUCGAAACACGGCGAUGAUGACAGUCAUUGCUCGGGGAAUUCGACGGUGAUCGGAAAAUGUGGGCCCCGCCGCGAGAACUUAGCGUCGGAUUUAACGAUCUCCGCCGUCCAACAAACGAGCUACUAUUUCUCCGGCUCCGCCGUCAUCGCGAACUAUAGCGACAUAUCGGGAGUGUCGAAAUGCGGCGACGCGUGCUUGUCUGAUUGCGAAUGCGUCGCCUCCGUUUACGGGUUGAGCGAGGAGAAGCCGUAUUGUUGGGUUUUGCGGCGACUCGAAUUUGGCGGGUACGAGGAUACGGGCUCGACUCUAUUCAUUAAGGUCGAGUCCGACAACGAUGGCGACAACGGAUUAGACGGUAAAACAGGGAAGGUUUUGGUGCUUCCGAUAGUCCUAAGUAUGACGGUUUUAAUAGCGUUGCUCGUGUGCUUGUUGUAUAUGAACGUCCAUCGUAAACGAGCCUUAAAGAAGGCUCUAGAAACUUCCGGAAUCAUCUCCGGCGGGCCAAUGAAGUUCACCUACCGCGAUCUACAAAACCGUACGCGAAACUUCUCCGAGCUACUUGGGAUCGGCGGGUUUGGAAGCGUAUAUAAAGGAAAUUCAUCCGACGGGUCACUGAUCGCUGUGAAAAAGCUCGACCGGGUUUUACCACACGGCGAGAAGGAAUUCGUCACCGAAGUGAACACGAUUAGCUCGAUGCACCACAUGAACUUAGUCCGACUAUGCGGGUAUUGCUCCGAGGGCUCGUCCCGGCUUCUCGUCUACGAGUACAUGAAAAACGGGUCGUUAGACAAGUGGAUAUUCCCGUCGGGCGGUCGAGACGCGCCCGACAGGCUACUCGACUGGCCGACGCGAUUCUACAUUGCGAUCGGCACGGCUCGAGGGAUCGCGUAUUUCCACGAGCAAUGCCGGGACAGGAUCAUACACUGUGAUAUCAAGCCGGAAAACAUACUGCUCGACGAGAAUUUCUGCCCGAAAGUGUCAGACUUUGGGUUAGCGAAGCUGAUGGGUCGGGAGGCGUCACGCGUCGUGACAAUGGUCCGCGGGACGCGCGGAUACCUCGCGCCGGAGUGGGUUAGCAACCGGCCGAUCACGGUGAAGGCCGACGUCUAUAGCUACGGAAUGCUGCUGUUGGAGAUCAUCGGCGGGCGGAGAAAUCUCGACAUGUCGUACGACGCCGACGAUUUUUUCUACCCGGGUUGGGCGUUUAAGGAAUUGAGCGGCAGCGCAGCGGUGAAGGCGGCGGACCGGCGGCUCGAGGGGGCGGUGGUGGUGGAGGAGGUGGAGAGGGCUUUGAAAACGGCGUUUUGGUGUAUUCAAGACGAGAUUGCGGUGCGGCCGACGAUGGGGGAGGUGGUGAAGAUGCUGGAGGGGGCGGCGGCGGUGAGAAUGCCGCCGAUGCCGCAGGCGGUGGUGGAGCUGGUGGAGGAAGGGUUGGAUCAUGUGUACCGAGCUAUGAAGAGGGAGUUGAAUCCGUUAAGUUCUUUUACCGUUACGACGCAGCCGUCGUCGAAUGCCACGUGUAGCUAUUCCACCAUGUCACCGAGGUGAGGUGACGUGGAUUUUUAAUUAAUUUUUUUAAAUGUGAUUUAUUGUUUUGUAGUUGGAAAAGGAAAUCCACGUGUCACUAAAGCCAUUGUAUUGUAAUGUCCAUGUUUUUUAGGACUCGAUUUCGUAGUGGUUGAGUGUAUAUUUUGGGUUGG